UUAGCACACCCACCCCAUUACACCAUCUAUAAAUAAUCAUCCCCUCCCUUAACUUCAACAUCACUUCAUCGAUAUCCACCUCAAACACACAAAAAAAGAAAAGAAAAACCACCCACGACAAAUAAGCAAACAAAAGGAGAAGAAAACUACACUAGUACUCAAUCAAUCUCUUCAUUAUUCAUUCAAGAUUCAGCUAAUGGUGAAGACAGAGCAAAAGAGCUUAGCAGAGCCAAGCAAGACAUCAAUGUCAUUGUCAUCAUCUUCUUCAACUUCAAGUAGCAAUAACUACAACAUGAAGAUGAAGAAGAAUAAGUACAAGGGAGUGAGAAUGAGAAGCUGGGGUUCAUGGGUUUCAGAAAUAAGAGCGCCCAAUCAGAAAACAAGAAUCUGGUUAGGCUCUUAUUCAACCCCUGAAGCUGCUGCUAGAGCUUAUGAUGCUGCCCUUUUAUGCCUUAAAGGCCCCUCUGCUUCUCACAAUCUCAACUUCCCAUUUGACUCCUCUUUCUAUCACCACAUUGAUCACACUUCCACAACUCUAUCCCCUAAAGCCAUCCAAAGGGUGGCCGCAGCUGCUGCAGCCACUGCAGAAGGUGGCGGAAAUCAAAAUAUAGGGUCAGUGUCAUUGUUUGAUGACACUAACCUUAUUUUAUCAUCGCCAUCUCCACCACUCUCCUCUAAGUCAACUUCUUCUUCUUCGCCGUUAAGUCACGCGGAUCAGUUUGAUGAUUUUUGUUUAUUACAAAAUUAUUCUACUGCUGCUACUACUGCUACUUUUGAUCAAGAGAUAACAGCUGUGUCAAUGAUUGAGCAGUGGUACAACUUUGAUUCACCAAAGUACAGUGACAUGCUAGACGGUACAGUUUUCUUUGAUCCGCCUUCAAUGGAGGACAUUUAUUAUGAAGAAGGAUCUGCAGAUAUCCCUUUAUGGAGUUUUUGCUGAUCAUCAAGAGCAAAAGAAGAUCUCAGUUGAAUUAUUAACCAUAUUUGUUAAUUAUACUUUUACAGAAAAUUAAAAAUAAACAAACAAAAAAUAGAACAAUUCUUUUUAGAGGUGAUGUCAAGUUAAUUUUUUCUUGAACAACAUCACUAACUAAUUAUAUUUACAUUUAUAUUAGGGAAGAUAGGGGGAAAAAUAGGGACAAUACAGAGAGAGAAGUCAUAUUUUCCGGACUCUCCCAUGUGAGUUCCUAGAAAAUUCCUACUCAGAUAUAUAUUCUUUUAUAGAAGUGUGUCAUAUGCUGUGUAUCAUUUAUUGUGUACUCCAACUGCAAAAAAAAAUGGUGGGAAAAUAUUUACUUA